GCACACCGGACACGCACUGUGCGAGACUGACAGCUGGACCAGUCGCAGCCCAACUAAACACAAUGAGGGCGUUUCCUGCUUUCUUCCUUCUCAGCGUCAUCGCCCUUAGCUGCGCCGCUCCAGUUGAAGAGGACUCCGUGGUGAGGGAGCGGCGCUUCGUGUCGAGGGUGGAGAACCCGCCGAAGCGGCAGGAGAGCCACGUGUCGGGCAGCGUGGACGGCGGCAUCAGCCGCGACCGCCGCAUCGGCACCAUGGUGCACGGCCGGGCGGACGGCGUCUGGACCAGCAAGGACGGCAACACCAGGGUGGGCGCCGGCGUCAGCUACGGCCGCGUGCACGACGGGCCGGCCGCCGGGCCCGCCUCCAAGGGCGGCUACAUCAACGUCCAGCACAGCUUCCCGGGCAAGUGAGCGGAUAAGGCAGCAGCUGCACAGUGUGCCACACACUGCCGGACUCUCGAGCUGUUAAAAGUUCUGAUUAAUUAAUUUAAGAAGAUCCGUUGCAGUUGUACUGAUUAUUCAUUCAAACCACAAGCGGUUUCAGGUGUUAAAGCUCCAUAUUCAGGUGAAUAAAACCAUUGUAUUUGGGAAUACGUAAUAUGCCGUCGGGCGAGUCACUGCAUCGACUUGCCCCACCGCAUGUUAUUCGUUUCCAAAUACAAUCAUUGUAUGGACCAGAAGAUGGGAUCUUCACAUCUCGAAACCAGUCAUCGUUUGAAUAAAUAAUUGGUACAACUGAAGCGAAUCUCUUUAAAUUAACGAAUCAUGUCCCUUAGCCGCGGAUUUCCUGCAAGCCAAAUCUUAUUUUAAAAUUCUAUUUAUUAUUUACGGCUCGACAACUGCAUCCGGUUCAUUUCUCUUACACUGUUGUUGAGUAGUGGUUAU